CGGCCCCGAGCCAUACAUCUGCACCGCCAACCGAGUCCGCGCACAGCUGUGCUGCAUGCUCACCGCACCACGUGUCUGCGCCCGGUCGGUCACAAACUCUCUUAGAAGCGGUUCGCCCCAAGUCAACAUUCACCCAAACUUGCUUUUGAGGACUAUCUCGAUAAGGGCUCCGGCGUGCCGCCGCCACCAUAGAAAGACUGGGUACAGCUCGCAACGACGUAGAAAUUUACCAGGCCCUACACCUUUGGAAUAGCCACCAAGACACGCGCAGCUGAGACGACCCUUGUUGCUCGCGGGCCCGUUUGGGAAGUUCCAGGGUUUAUACGAGCACAAGCGCGGGACAAGUGAAAGGGAAGCCGACGUGCAGUUGCAACUGCCCCCAACUGCGUUCGCCAACGCUUCUUCGUCCGACAUGGACACUCUACUCACCGCCGACGUGGCAGGCUCGGCGCCCAACUUCAGGCGUCGAUCGAGCACAUAUGUCGACGCCAUUCAUGACUUGCCAGAAAAGGCCUCGAUGGCCCCAGCUCAACUGUAUUCCACCGAAUCCGGACGGCUUUUCCACUCUGGCCGAAUCGUAAUUGCCACGGUAGGUCUGCCGGCCAGAGGCAAGACACAUAUCAGUGUUGCCCUUGCCCGGUACCUGCGAUGGCUCGGUGUGAAGACGCACAUUUUCCAUCUCGGCGACUAUCGAAGAGCCUUCGUCGGAGCCAAAGGAGAAGUGCCCGAAGAUUACUUUCACAUCAAUGCAAGCACGUCCUCUGUUCUCCUGCGUAACAAGAUUCUCAAGAGAUGCAGAGAGGACAUUUUCAAUUUUCUCAACCAUGAGAAUGGCCAGAUAGCCAUUUACGAUGCUGUCAACCCUCUGGCCACAGGACGACGCGCUCUUGCCAAGGAAUUUGAAAAACAUGGCGUGCAAACCAUGUUCAUUGAGUGCACAUGUUCCGAUCCGCGUAUUAUCGAGGAGAACGUCCGUGCAGUGAAGAUCAGCUCGCCCGACUAUGUUGGUUGGAAGCCAGAGGAUGCUGUCCAAGACUACCUGCGCAGAAUCAACGCACGAAUACCGGAUUACGAGGGCGUCGAGGAACGCGAUCUCCAUUACGUGAAGAUGAUCAACGCGGGAGAGCGAGUGAUUGUGAAUAGCUGUGCCUUUGGCUAUCUCUCACAGCGUAUCGUCUUCUACCUCCUCAAUUUGCAUAUCAAGAGCCGACAAAUGUACUUUGUGCGGGCCGGCACAACGCGAGAGGAGGAGACAUUCAAAGGUGACGCGAGCCUCAGUGCUGAGGGUUGGGAUUAUGCAAAAAGAAUGACGGAUGCCAUUGUCGCGCACAGGGAAACGGAGAGGGAGAUGCUCAUCAAAAAUGGCGCACCCGAGUCAACAGCGUCGAAGCCACUACAGGUCUGGACGUCAACGCGCAAGAGGACAGUUGAAACCGCGACGUUCUUCGAAAAGCUUGGUUACCGAGUCCGACAGAGGAGUCAGAUGAGCCAGCUGAAUCCUGGCGUGUGCGAGAAGCUGAGUGAGCGGAGGAUCCGUGAGCUUUUCCCAGAGGAAGUGGACAAACACGAGCAAGAUCCCUACCAUCACCGCUAUCCACGAGCAGAGUCAUACCACGACCUCGCAGUCCGUCUCGAGCCUAUCAUUCUCGAGCUGGAGCGCGAGCAGAACGACCUUCUCAUCAUCGCCCACGAAUCCGUGCUCCGCGUCCUCUAUGGCUACCUCAUGGCCUGCUCAGCCCACGACAUCCCCACGCUCGAGUUCCCCCGCGACGAAAUCAUCGAAGUCAUUCCUGCAUCAUAUAACAACAGCGCCAAACGCAUUCACAUCGAUGGCCUCCCUCCCAGUAUGAUCCCCAGCAGUCCGCAGGACAUUCAAAUCCCCGUUCCACCUUCCGGCGCCGUCAGCCCACUCAACGGCGGCCUCGGAACUCCUGCCGGUAUCGCUACACCAGAGACCGCAGGCAGAGAAAGCGGCGCCUUACCCAUCCGACCUUCUGCUACACUAGGCGAGACUCUCCAGCCACGUGGUUAGGGAUCCGUGGACUUGAGACGUUCCCUCGCUUCAUUGCAGACAGUGCAGGAGUUUCAUCAUGGCAGAAGUAAAUCCACGUCCGCGCUUGCUGAGAAGCACAAGGAUGUGAUUCUGGAGUAUCUCAUCACCAGGAACGCGGAUAGUGAGUGAUGUGGGCCGGAUAUAUGAGCAAGUGGGUGGCUUGGGGUGACAAACGAACAGAUGGCUGGAUGCGAGGAUGUAAGCAGGAAGCGUGGCGUUGGAGGUGAUGCUUUUCAGCGAGAUUCCACUUACAUGUGUUGUCGUCUGGGCUGGGUCACUGCUUUCACUUUACACAGAUAAAGCUUCGAGGACUAUAGCUAGAGAGACAGACACUUUCUACAUCUCAUUACUGGUCGUAGGGAUCAUGG